ACAACUUGCCCUUAACAUACACUUCUCUAACUACUUAUUGUGUUACUUGCAAGCUUGUUAGGAAUGGCGGUCGAUCGGGAGGAAUGUGUCUACAUGGCUAAGCUCGCCGAGCAGGCCGAGCGCUAUGAUGAGAUGGUUGAGGAGAUGAAGAAGGUCGCCAAGCUUGUGCACGACCAGGAGCUGUCCGUGGAGGAGCGCAACCUGCUUUCGGUGGCCUACAAGAACGUCAUUGGCGCGCGCCGCGCCUCUUGGCGUAUUAUCUCCAGCAUAGAGCAGAAGGAGGAGAGCAAGGGCAAUGAGGAGCACGUACAGAGGAUUCGCAAGUACCGCACUGUGGUGGAGGAGGAGCUCAGCAAAAUCUGCGCCAGCAUCCUGCAGCUGUUGGACGACCACCUGAUCCCCACCGCUUCCACCGGUGAGAGCAAGGUCUUCUACCUGAAGAUGAAGGGCGACUACCACAGGUACCUGGCUGAGUUUAAGACCGGUGCUGACCGGAAGGAGGCCGCUGAGCACACGCUGCUCGCAUACAAGGCCGCGCAGGACAUCGCCCUGGUGGACCUUCCGCCGACCCACCCCAUUCGCCUGGGCCUGGCCCUGAACUUCUCCGUCUUCUACUACGAGAUCUUGAACUCGCCGGAGCGUGCCUGCCACCUUGCAAAGCAGGCGUUCGACGAGGCUAUUGCCGAGCUGGAUUCCCUGGGCGAGGAGUCCUACAAGGAUAGCACGCUCAUCAUGCAGCUGCUGCGCGACAACCUCACACUGUGGACUUCCGACAUGCAGGACCCCGCCGGUGGCGACGACAGAGAGGGGGCUGACAUGAAGGUUGAGGACGCUGAGCCCUGAACGGAGCUAUCGCAGUGUCAUCGGAUAACGAGGGGUUGAUGCAGAUGUGUUUUUUUGCGAAAGAUGUAAAUUGAGGGUUCAAAGCGGGUUGGGUGGCGGUUGACAGGUCGUAUACAUGCUGCUAGUGUCGUAUAGACGCCGCCGAUGGUCCACGCCAGUUCCUAGGCUCGCAUGGUGCAUGGGUUCCUGCUGGCUUGGUAACUCUUCGGUGUCGAUGGUAACCAGAGUUGGAGAAGUACUAGGAGUUGCCAAGACUCGUCCAAACCAUUGACACGGGUGUCUCGGGGCGGAUAUUGCAGGCUUCGACGCAGUGGGAACGGGUUUAUACUUGUAUAGCACACAUGGCGUGAAGGCGCGUGCGCAGGGCCACAUGUUCGUUGGUACCCGUGCGCUAGUAUUCUGUUUUGCUCACUUGUCGUGCGCAACUGUCAAAACACAAUAGCAAUGCUGGCCAUCGCUGCUUCAAAGGAAGCUCGCGAUUAUUAGGGAAUUGUAUUGGCGAACAUUCCAUUCACCAGUAAAAUAUAUCUCGCCUUCUGUGCCUUCUUGUAUUGCCACUUUCCCCCGCAUUCCACGCAUAGUUGUGUGCGCAGCUUAGCUUUUACGGCGUGCGUGGUAUGUGGUACUGGAGGUCACCAGGGUUGGAUCUGGGGGUCGAUUCUAAGCAUGGGGGAGCAUGAGUCUCGAGAUGAAGGUUAAGUCGAUAGGUCUUUCUUCAUUUGCACAUUGACGGUGAGGC